AUGGGGAGGUACACGAAUCUUCUGCUUAUCGUCGCCGCUGCGGCCGGCACGGCAGCGGGAGUGUACCUCCUUCGGCGCUACUACUGCUGCCAAAAAAAGAAGACGGACCGCGAUGACGUCUCGUCGAAAGAAAUUUCAGCAGUUUCGACUAAGGAGCUGAUCGAUCGGUUAAGGGAGGAGUGCAGCACGAGCAAGGAGAAGCUGCUGCAGAUCGCAGCGGACAUGAAGGCGGAAAUGGUUUCUGGACUCAGGAGCACGCAGGGAAGCACGCUCAAGAUGCUUCCUUCCUACGUCGACCAACUCCCUGAUGGCUCGGAGAAGGGCGUGUUCUAUGCGCUGGACCUGGGCGGGACCAACUUCCGCGUGCUGCGAGUACCUCUGCUGGGGAGGGACGGUGGAAUCGGCAAGGUGGACUCAGAGGGUGCCUCCAUCAGCCCCGAGCUCAUGACCGGCACCACUGAGGCCCUAUUUGACUACAUUGCGUCGAGGCUGGCGGCGUUCGUAGCAAAGGAGGAGGAGGAGUUCAAGCCAGCAGAGGGCAAGCACAGGGAGCUAGGAUUCACUUUCUCGUUCCCAUGUGACCACACAGCUAUCAACGCUGGGAGGCUUAUCAAGUGGACCAAAGGAUUCAACAUCCCUGAAACUGAAGGGAGGGACGUGGUCCAGGUUCUAGAGGAAGCUCUUGAACGGCAGAAGCUUGACAUGAAAGUCUCGGCACUGGUGAACGAUGCAGUGGGCACACUGGCAGGAGCACGGUUUGUGGAGUCAGAUGUGAUGCUGGGGGUCAUCCUAGGCACGGGGUCCAACGCUUGCUACGAGGAGAUCCAGGACAUGAGCGUCAGGCAAACCGGCCAUCCUCCAGCCUCUGGCCGCAUGGUGAUCAACAUGGAGUGGGGCAACUUCUGGUCCGGCCAUCUGCCUGUCACGGAAUACGAUGACCUUCUUGACUCCAAGAGCGCCAACUGCGGCCAGCAGCGCUACGAGAAGAUGAUAUCCGGCAUGUAUGUGGGGGAGGUGGUGCGCCUGACUCUGCUAGACAUUGCUCAGAAGUCAAAGCUGUUUGGCGAAACUGUCCCCGCCAAGUUGCUCCAACCCAACUCCCUCCCGACGCCCAAAGUGGCCAUCAUUCACGAGGACACCACUUCAGACCUCUCCAAAGUUGGAUCUGUGCUUGCAGACGCUCUUGAGCUCCCAGACACAUCGUUGCCACAGCGCCAGGCAGUGCAGGAGGUGAGCCGCAUCUUUGGCGAGAGAGGCGCCCGUCUUGUGGCCGCUGGGAUCGUGGGUGUGCUGCAGAAGCUAGGGCGUGAUGGGAAGGCCCAGCCAAGCACAGGAGAAGCAGCAGCUAUUGAUGGGGAAGCGGCAGGAGGAGAAGCAGGAGCACCAGGAGCAGAGGCAGGGGCAGGUCUGGGGCAUGUGCCGAGGACAGUGGUAGCAGUGGACGGGGGUAUGUACGAGCAUUACACUCCGUUCCGCGAGGGAAUUCACGAGACGCUCAAGGAGCUGCUUGGCGAAGAGGUGGCGGGGUUUGUGAGCAUGAAGCUGUCGAAGGAUGGAUCGGGGAUCGGUGCUGCUUUGCUGGCCGCCUCGCAUUCCGCUUAUAAAGAGUGA